AUGUUUUUGAGACUCGGCUGCCUCUUAUUACGUCGUGAAGAUAGCAUAGCUAAGCGACGAGGCGGUGUUAAUACUACGUCGUCGAUUUCCUCAUCCGACAGCGAGUUCGUUCGUACACUUAAGCGGUUCCUUCGUCUUAGUCUCCCCACGACGAUUCCUGUGUUGGUGUUGGUGUUGGAGGGACGCGGACCGCCGGACAAACGGUUUUUGUGUCCUGGACUUGUGUUGUUGCCACUACCACUUCGGCUCCGUAACCUCUUAGGAGGAGCUCGCAUUGUGGACUUGGAAAAUAGGUUUGGGUUGUCGUUGUCAUUCACACGAGGUGCGCCGUUGCGGGACUUUUCCGGAUCUUUUAUAUGUGACGACGAAGUAGAGGGUUGA